GCGGCCGCCGCCGCCGCUCGGGGCCGGGCCGCGCCGCGCCGGGCCGGACCGGGCCCGGGAGGAGGGGCCGCGGCCCGGCUGGCCCGCAGUCGUGCAGCCCGCGGUGGCGUCCUGUCCGACGCCGAUCCUCACCGCGAUGAGCGCCGGCCAGGCCGUGGGGGAGGCGGCCGGGGCCGCCUCGCCCUCGGCGCUACCCAGGGUGCUCUCAGCCCUCUUCUACGGGACAUGCUCGUUCCUCAUCGUGCUGGUGAACAAGGCCCUGCUCAGCGCCUACAGCUUCCCGUCACCAAUGUUUCUUGGAAUUGGACAGAUGGCAGCCACUAUACUUAUCUUGUAUGUGUCAAAAAUAAAUAAGAUUGUUCACUUUCCCGAUUUUGACAAAAGUAUACCUCUAAAGUUGUUUCCUCUGCCUCUGAUUUAUGUUGGAAACCAUAUAAGUGGAUUAUCAAGUACCAGCAAACUCAGUUUGCCGAUGUUUACUGUGCUCAGGAAGUUUACCAUUCCACUUACUUUACUGCUGGAAAUCAUCAUACUUGGGAAACGAUAUCCACUGAGCAUUGUAGUCAGCGUAUUUGCCAUCAUUCUUGGAGCUUUCAUAGCAGCCGGGUCUGAUCUGUCUUUUAAUCUGGAGGGUUACACCUUUGUAUUGCUAAAUGAUAUCUUCACAGCAGCAAACGGAGUUUACACAAAGCAGAAAAUUGAUCCAAAGGAGUUGGGGAAAUAUGGUGUCCUUUUCUAUAAUGCUUGUUUCAUGGUGAUUCCAACAGUUAUUAUUAGCUUUUCUACUGGAGACUUUCAGCAGGCAACACAUUUCCAGCAAUGGACAAAUUUUUUGUUUGUCUUUCAAUUUAUUCUUUCCUGCUUGUUGGGGUUUCUCUUGAUGUAUUCUACUGUCCUAUGCAGUCAUUACAAUUCUGCGCUCACAACGACAGUAGUUGGUGCCAUCAAGAAUAUAUCCAUUGCUUACAUUGGAAUGUUGAUUGGUGGAGAUUACAUAUUCUCCAUGUUAAACUUUAUAGGGCUAAAUAUUUGUAUGGCAGGAGGACUGAGAUACUCAUUUUUAACCUUAAGAGGAAACAGCAAGCCUACACAACCUCGGGAUGAAGAGAAUGCACUUCGUGAGUCACAUAGUUAGCCAGAAUGUCUACCUUGAAAGAGACUGAAGAUACAAGUUUGUUUAGCAUUGCUGAGAACUGAAUAAGUAUACACUGGAACAUAUUUGGAACAAGGAAAAAGAUCUACCUCAGUUGCCAGAGAUGUACACACAACUCAUUGGUUCAGAAAUACCUUGCACACCAUGUGUUGUACAUGUGGACAAGUUUAAUUUUAGCUUUUUUUUACAUCACAAGCUAACUUAUAGGAAGGAAUGCCAUGAGAAAAUCUCAAGUUGUAAAUUUCUUCAGUUACCAUACUUCGGUGCUAUUUGUACUGAGAAAGAUCUGUGAGACGUGUCUCAGUGUAUGCCGGUACUCUUUGAGGCAAAACUCCCUGUAAAGAUCAUGAGGCUUGAUUCACCAUUGCCUUACGCCAUAAACAAUCUUUGAUAUUGGUGAAGAGGUGAAAGAUGCUAGUGAUUCAGAAUGAUUUCAUGUAUGCAUUUGCUCUUGUGUAAGUGAUGUAGAACGUAUGGGGCAAAGAGGAGAUGUGCUCUCAGGUUGUUUCCUGUAUAAGUGUUGACUAAAGAAUUCAGGAUAUAGCCUAGUGUGUUCAGUAUACAUCGUGUAGACAUUCUUUCUCAAUCCUUUCCUCAUCCUCAAUAACAUCAUGAUGUUCUGCUGAGUUGGCACUGUUGUUACAAGUGAACCCUCAUAACUUUGCUGCAGGAUCAAGGAGAGCAGGAAAUUGAGCGAGGAUUUUUUUAAUGUUUAAAAAGAUUUUUGCGUGUGAGCCAGUACCAAACAGGUGAUUAGGAGAGAUAACGAAAGCAAAUAUUUUUCUUUAGUGCUGGUCCAGGGAUUAAAAAAAAAAAAGGCUCAGAAUGUGGUAGUCUGAGUUAUCAUCUGGGACAAUAAUGGCAGUACUCUGUAUCUUUAUUUCCUUCUCUGAAAAUACAAUUGAUAAUGCUUACCAGUGUCUCUGAGAAUAUAGCGUUAAUUUUUGAAAACACAGUAGAAGCAUUGCAGCGUUGGAAGACAGCAGAGUAAUUAAUCUUGUUGAAGUUCUCAAUUCCCUGCAAGCAUGAGCCAAGAUUUUUUUUAGAAGAAUCAAAAGACGAUUUUGGAAGACCUUGACAUGAAAUCAGGAUUUUCUAAUGACUUGCUUGAUCCCUGCUUGAAUUAAAAUAUAGCUAAAUCUGAAAUUCAUUACUUUGUGACUAACAUGUGAAUGACCAGAUCUAAGAAACAUGCGAGUGGCCCACACCAGCACCUUCAGGGAAUGAUUGGGCUGCCCACUGCCUGUGUGGAGUUAAGUGGCAAGAGGCCAGUAGUUGCCGAUGCUGGAAUUGGAAUUUAAGGGCACAGUCAAAGUGAAAACAGAAGCCUGGAUUAUCCAGUUUCUUACAGCUGGCAAAGAGAUGUGACUUUCAUUUUCUACCUAUUGAAGAGCUGGGGAGGGAAAGGGUUGCUGCAAAUAUUUUAGAGCUCCCAUUUUUUAAGAAUUUCCUUAAAAAGCCUUCAGUACUUUUUGAUGUAUUCUUUUAUAGGACUUCUCUUUCUCCAGAUUGUCUCUACCUCCAGAAUCCUGAUUAUUGAACCUCAACUGUCUGCAGUGGGACAAGGCAUUGGAGAGUUUUUGUUAAUUACAAAAAGAUGAUGAGAGCCAUUGCAAUACUGGUGGGGACACAGUUACACGUGCUAAAUAAGAUGUAGUUUCCACAAAGGAAAGGCUACUGUAUGCAUUUAAUUCAUUAAUAUUUUACUGUACCUUUUGUAAAUAAAGAGAUACAGAUCACGGUUUUAA